AACACCAAACAUUGAACUGCAAUGUUGGACUGUUGAAUUAGGGAAUGCAGAGCGAUUAUGAGAACCCACUGUCUUUCUCCCACUGAAGUAAACGGUGGCAGAAUCACCGGCAGAAAUUGCCACCGCAAACACGUCGAAGACGGUUGAUCACAAACUCUCAAUCCACACAAAAACCACCACACAACACAGUAGUGUAUAGUAGUAUCUAUAUAUAGUGUUUAUGGCUGACAAGUGUUGCAGCAACGAAGCUCACUCUGCUGUGCUUCAAGGCAAGUACGAGCUGGGUCGGGUUCUCGGCCACGGAACAUUUGCCAAGGUGUACAACGCGCGGAACCUGAAAACAGGGAAGAACGUGGCCAUGAAGGUUAUAGGGAAGGAGAAGGUGAUCAAAGUAGGGAUGAUGGAGCAGAUAAAGAGAGAAAUCUCCGUGAUGAAGAUGGUGAAGCACCCCAACAUCGUCGACCUCCAUGAAGUCAUGGCCAGCAAGUCCAGGAUCUACAUCGCCAUGGAGCUCGUCCGCGGCGGCGAGCUUUUCAACAAGGUCGCCAAAGGCCGCUUGAAGGAGGAUCUCGCUAGAGUUUACUUCCAGCAGCUCAUCUCCGCCGUGGACUUCUGUCACAGCCGCGGCGUCUACCACCGCGACCUCAAGCCGGAGAAUCUCCUCCUCGAUGAAGACGGUAACCUCAAGGUCUCUGACUUCGGCCUCUGCACCUUCUCCGAUUUCGGACUGUUACACACCACGUGCGGCACGCCGGCGUAUGUCUCGCCGGAGGUGAUUGCGAAGAAGGGCUACGACGGCGCCAAGGCGGAUAUAUGGUCUUGUGGGGUCAUCCUCUACGUGCUCCUCGCAGGGUUUUUGCCGUUUCAGGAUGACAAUUUGCUCGCCAUGUACAAGAAGAUUUACAGAGGAGACUUCAAAUGUCCACCAUGGUUUUCUUCUGACGCGAGAAGGCUCAUCACGAAGCUUCUAGAUCCGAACCCGAACAGUAGAAUCACGAUCUCCAAGAUCAUGGAAUCAUCCUGGUUCAAGAAGCCAGUUCCCAAGAGCGUGCAAGCGAGGAAGGAGGAAGAACGGGAAGAGGGGUGGGAGUGUGAGAAGAAGAUGAAGGAACCAGCGACGAUGAACGCGUUUCAUAUAAUUUCUCUGUCGGAGGGGUUUGAUUUGUCGCCGCUGUUUGAGGAGAAGAAGAGGGAGGAGAGGGAGGAGAUGAGGUUCGCGACGGCGGGGACGCCGAGCAGGGUGAUUUCGAGGCUGGAGGAGGUGGCGAAGGCGGUGAACUUUGAUGUUAAAAGUAGUGAAAGCCAAGUGAGGCUUCAGGGGCAGGAGCGUGGGAGGAAGGGGAAGCUGGCGAUUGCGGCGGAUAUUUACGCCGUGACGCCGUCGUUUCUGGUGGUUGAAGUGAAGAAGGAUAAUGGUGACACCUUGGAGUAUAACCAGUUCUGUAGUAAACAGCUUCGGCCUGCGCUCAAAGACAUCUUCUGGACUACCCCUGAGAAUUCAACACCUGCUUAGAUUCAAUGAUUGAAAAAUAGUGUUGUAUGAUUCUAGAUUAAUUAGACCAUUUAUCUAGCUAUGGUUCAUUGUUUUUGUUGAUGUUCUUGUUGUUUAAUUUAGAAGCUUCAAGUUUUAAGAGAUUGUUUAAUUUUCUUGUUAA